GUGUUGUAAGAGAGAGAGAGAGAGAGAGAACUCCUUCAUUACCAGUCACGUUUACUGUACUUAGCCAUCAAUUCAAGAAAGCCAAAGUUUGACACUUUUGAACUAAUUAUAAGACUAAUUAAGUCUUCGAUAUGGCUGCUCCAAGACAAAUGAAGGCCGUUUUUGUAGAAGAGUUUGGCGAGGCAGAAAAGAUGAAAAUAAAGACAGACACCCCUGUGCCCACAGUUAUGGCGGGAAAGGUGCUCGUGCGUAUGUAUGCAGCUGGAAUUAACGAACUUGAAAUUCGUUUCCGUUCCAAAGGCUGGCGGGGUUUCGUUGCCCCUGCAUUCUCGGAAUGGAUGGAGCAGGUGUCGUCGAGUGCGUAGGUGACGAUGUGACGACUUGUAAGCGUGGGGAUCGUGUCUAUGUGUGCCAGCCAAUUACAGGCACGUACGCGGAGUACUGUUUAGCAGAUGCAGACAGGGUGUAUGAACUCCAUGAUAAGCUCAGCUUUGAGGAGGGGGCUCUAUUACCAAUUCCAUACUUCAGUGCACUACGUGCUCUGACCAGGGCUCACUUUCAGCCUGGUGACAGUGUCUUAGUUCAGGGAGCAAGUGGAGCAGUUGGUUUGGCUGCAGUUCAACUUGCACGAGGACUGGGUGCUUCACGUGUCUUCGGAACAGCUGGUAGCGAGAGAGGGCGGCAGAUCGUGACAGAAAUGGGAGCGGAAGCCGUAUUCGACUACAAGGACAAAGAUUUCAAAGAAACAGUAAAGGCAAUUAUCGGACCAAAGGGUGUGAACGUCAUCUUAGAGACAAACGUCGACGUCAACUUCGCUUUCGACCUUGACAUCAUAUCCAAGAACGGUCACAUUGUGAUUGUCGGCAAGCGAGGAAUAACGAAAUGUGAUCCGCAAUCUAUGGUGGCAAAAGAAAGUACAGUAACUGGAAGUGCGCUGUUUUUCUGUGAUACGGAAGCGAGAUUGUCCUUACAUGAUACAUUGUAUCGUGGGAUAGAGGAAGGAUGGCUCAAACCGUACAUCGGAGGUCGAUUCAAACUGGAUGACGUCAUCGCUAGUCAUCGAGAUAUCGAGACACGCAAGGGAGCGACUGGCAAGACUAUUCUGACAUUUGAAUAACUGAUUUGUGAUAUUGUAAAACUAUGAAAUUCACUUUCUUUUAUUGUUUCGUCCAUCUUUCAUUUAGUGUAGUUUGAAAUUUAUUUUUGCCAAUUUCCUUUUUAUCUUACCUCUUCUUUAUCUUUAUUAUCAAUAUAGAAUGACCUUCAUUCAAUGAAUUAGGAUGGGAAAAUGCAACGAAAUGUUCAUUUGCCUAUCAUUAAAAAUUUAAAAGCUGAAAAGCAAAAGAAUAUAAAACAAACAAAAAUCAAUUAUCUUCAAUGAAAAAAAUGAAAACUUGUAUUCGACAGUACCAUGUUGAUAGCAAUACAACUCGAGAAGAAUUAUUGUAUA